AAGAGGACUCGGAGGGACGCGAGGAGGCCACCGCGGGCGCAGCGGGUACGUCGGCCGGGCCACCCCCGCGAGCCCGGCGCAGCCAUUCCGCUACUCGGGGCUCCGCCGCCGCCGCCGCCGCCACCGCGCCCGGGGGCCAUGCUCCCGCCGCCCCCGCGCCAGCCGCCGCCCCAGGCGCGCGCGGUCCGCGGGCCGGUGCGCCUGCAGAGGGCCUUCCUGCGCGGCCCGCUCGGCGUGCUGCGGCUGCUGCAGCUGCUGGCCGGCGCCGCCUUCUGGAUCACCAUCGCCACGAGCAGGUACCAGGGCCCCGUGCACUUCGCGCUCUUCGUGUCGGUGCUCUUCUGGCUGCUGACCCUGGGCCUCUACUUCCUCACGCUGCUGGGCAAGCACGAGCUGGUGCCUGUGCUGGGUUCGCGCUGGCUCGUGGUCAACGUGGCACACGACCUGCUGGCGGCCGCGCUCUACGGCGCCGCGACGGGCAUCAUGAUCGCCCAGACGCAGAGCCACAGCUACUGUAACCUCAAGGAUUACCAGAUGGCCUGCGCCUACCACGCCUUCUUGGCGGCCGCCGUCUGCGGCGGCCUCUGCCUCGGCCUCUACCUGCUCUCGGCCCUCUACGGCUGCUGCCGCCGCUACCAGGGGGAGCAGGAGGUGGCAUGAGCCGCCGCACCGCGGGGCGGGGACCCUCCCGAGACCGGCGCCCCCGUCCUUCCUGCCGCCGCCGCCCCGCGCCCGUG